AAAGAAACGUUCCGGGUUUCAUCCAAACCAAACGGAUGAACCAGGAGCUGGAGCCUCUCAGGUCACCGGGGGUCAUGACCUCUGCACCUUUAGAGUUUCAGGUCACCAUCCAUACAUGAUGAUGAUGAUGAUGAUGAUGAUGAUGAUGAUGAUGAUGAUGAUGAUGAUGAUGAUGAUGAUGAUGAAGGUUCCCUCUCCCGGUCGCCUCCAAGCCCUCAGUACCUGGACAACAGGUGAGGCUCUUCAGCAGAGACUUUACAGUGAAACGAUUGGACCAAUCAGGACCUCCUCUUCAUCCUCCUCUUCAUCCUCCUCUUCCUCCUUCACCAAACAUUUGCUCUGGGCUCAUUUCCUUGCACAAUGUCGCAGUUUGUUGGACUUUGAUGUAUUUCCCACCCUGGAAAACAUGCAAAGUCCAAAUCCAGGAGUACGGAGUGAAGCCGGGACCAGGUCAGGUCAGAGCGUCACGUCUCUCUCUGCUCCUGUUGACUUUGGACGACUUUCAGUCAGAUUAGCAAGCAGCUAAAGGCGCCGCAGACCUUCAAGGUGAGAGCAUCGCCUGGAAGCCAGGAGAGAAAACCCUGGACCAGAGGAUGAAGAGGAUGAAGACCCUGCCGGUGGCACCCUGCGCACCCUGAAGGCCAGUGGCAUGGACGGCCACCGGGGCAUCAGCCUGGCCGGCUGGGUUUGUCUGACCCAACACGAGUCAGGCUUCAACACCAGAGCCACCAACCGCAACAGAGACGGCUCCACCGACUACGGCAUCUUCCAGAUCAACAGCCGCUGGUGGUGCAGAGACGGCGGAGUCUCCAGAUCCAACGGAUGCGGCAUCAACUGCAGCCAACUCCUGACAGACGAUGUGACCACGGCGAUCACCUGCGCCAAACGGGUCGUCAGGGGCCCCAACGGCAUCAGAGCCUGGGUGGCCUGGACUACUCACUGUCAGAACCGAGACCUGAGCGGCUGCAGACUCUAACCUGGACCUGAAGACGGGAUGGAGCAGAAACGUCUCUGCCUGUAGCCGUUACAGAUCCAGUCCUGGUUGAAUAAAACUAAGUACACCCCUGAUCCAGAGGUACCUCAGCCUCUUCCUGUCCUCCCCUGGUCUGAUGCUGCAUUCACUGACCCCUCAGUGACUCUAAAGACCUGCUGUGACAUUCAACACAUCAGAAAUUAUGUUUUUUGAAUGAAUAAAAACAAUAGAAAAAUGAAUGGGUAAAUGAAUCCAUCAUCCAUCCAUCCUGUUCUCUGAACUGAUCACUGAUCGUCAUAAGCUCCUGCUGGUACUUGAUAUUGAUCCGGUUCAUCUGCAGAGUAAAACCUGCUGAUUUAUUGCCGCUCUUGUCCAAUCAGGAGGCUUCAGGAAUCAACCCACCGCAUCAAUUAGAUCCUGGUCGUGUCUCUGUCUGGUUCCAGCAGCAGCUGCCCGUCUCUCCGUGUCGUCGCGCUCAGAACGGACUUCCUGAACUUUCUCCACUCAGCCUGGUUCCGUCUCAUCUCCAACCUGCAGCAACCUGAAGCUGCGCCGCACGACGCCAUUAAUCAACACGCCGAGAGGAGGCAGCCGGAUCGAUUCAUCUGCAGGCAGAGGGGAUGGAUCCAUGCGGGCCAUGUGCGGGCCGGAGCCGGAGGAGGUUCUGGAAACAGUGAUGGAGGAGCUGAGGGCCGGUUCGAUGCAGAGCGAUGCUUUAACUGACCCGACAAUGACUCAUCUUACUGUUUGGAGGAAUCAUCAGCAAACAGCAGGAGCUACCGGAGCCACCGGAGCCACCGGAGCUACCGGAGCCACCGGAGCU